AGAUGUCAUUAACCACAAGAACGCCAUAACAGGUCAGUCAGCUCGCCGAGAAGGGAACAUUUCAGUCGCAAGAGAACAGACCUUGACAACAAUGAAGAUUGUUUUGAUUUUCUGUCUCGUUUUUUGGAUGAUGUGUUCAGUUGAUGCAAAACACCACAAAUCAAAGUCUCAUGGCAGAUUAGGACAUCACAAAUCCAGUUUAGAGGAAAAACCCUUGAAAAAAGAUCAACCAGCCAGCCGUCACGGUAUUUUCGAUAGUGGAGAAUCUGGGCAAAGCAGCGAGUCGGGCGAGUCUGGCAAUGGGAAAGCUGCAGACAGUGGCGAUUCUGGCGAGAGCCCGUCGACUGCUGAGAGCGGGGACAGUGGUGACAGCGGUGACUCUGGCGAUAGCGGUGACUCUGGCGAUAGUGGGGACCAAACCAAUUCAAAAUAAAAUGAAGAAAAUAGUUUUUUUUAGAUGCACCAUCGAUUUGAUUCAAAGAGUGUGACUUUAAACAUCUUCAACUGGCCUGAAGACCAAUAAACGCUUGCACAAACGGCAAA